AUGGCUGAAGAGCCGGAAAAGCCACAGGAUGAUCCUGAGAUGAACGCCAUCCUGGACCAGUCGCCAGAAACAGGAAAGCAAACCCCACAGGACAGCAUCUUGCAGCUGUGUCCAAGGAUGGACGCUCAGUGGAAGGCCGUUUUCUUCGAGAACGUGCAACGAAGGGCUUUGAACUUGCAGAAUGUGAAAGUGGGGAUGCUCCACAAGCACAAGGCGCAGCAAGAAAAGGUGGAGAAGAAAGUACCCCCAGAUGGGUUGUCCAGGGAAUGGUUUGAUGAUGAGGCCAUGACGCUGGAGACUCGGGCUUACUUGCUUGAUAAACUCCUCCCUACCUUAGUACCCGGAGUAGAGAAACUGUUAAAGGUGGCCGAAAGGAAGAAGGUGCUAGAAGCAGAGGAAGACCAACCCUCCAAAUUGGACCCCAUUAAUUUCCUGGGAGAGUACCUGAUGAGGUGUAAUCCUGCGUAUCACUAUUUUGCUACAUUAGAUCCCUAUGUGAGAGGAAUUAAGGCUGUCACUGAAGAGCUGAAAGCUCAAGUGCCGGAGACGAUGCCGAACAAGCUAGCCCAGAUGAAGGCUUUGGUCAAAGAAAAGCGCAAGCAAAGGGAGCAGGUGGAACAGAUCAAGAGACGUGUGACAGCAAUGCGCAAGAAGGCCCUGACAGUGCAGUUCACAGAAUGGACCCUGGAUACCAGCCAACAGAUCCCACUUGUGCUGGUCCAAAGUGCCCUGAAGUCAUAUAUGGACAUCAAGACUUCAACACCCACUGAUGGCCUCUAUGCCAGAACUCUGGAAGCCGUAGGAACACUAGAAGUGAAAGUGAACGAAGAGGAAUUUGCAGAGUAUAUCCUUUCUUACAUCAAAAACUUCACCAGCGACAUGUUUCAGGAACUACUGAAGCACCUCCUCCAGUGUGCCAAUGAUGCACGAGAAAUUAUCAGACAUGAUAUGCGGAGGAUGAUUUUUCUUCAACUCUUCCUGGACUGUGACCAUGGAAAGGUGGGGCUCCUGGACAGGCAACGGGUUUUAACUUUGUUGGAGAACUUCUACAACAGCUGCUCCGAGCUUGCUAGGAAAGGAUUCCGUAAUCCAAGGCAAUGGCCAAUUAUUGAACUGGAUGAUAUAGAUCUCAUCGAGUUUUGGGGAGAUAUGGAAGAUGAUGAGCAGAUCCCUUCAGAACGAAGUAGCCUCCAGUUCAAAUACUCUCGGCUUGGACUCUCUGAGGAAGCCCUGGUCCUAAGUCAGAUCCUGCAAGGCAUACUCUCUGAAGACCUGGUGGCUGUGCCUAGUGAAGGCGACACCAUAGAGGAGCCUGUUGCUGUUAGCCCAGAGGUAGCUGUCCUGGAGCAACAGGUGAGUUCAGCAGAAGAGAUUAGCAAAGUCGUUCAGGCAAGGAGUUCAGGAGAGCCGGCUGCAGAAGGUCAGAAGGACCAAGAUCCAACCGCUGUGGCUGAGUCAUCAGCUGCCAUUGAGGUUGCUUUUACUGAAGCCAUGAAAGUGGGCUUGGACCCAUCAGAGGAGAACAGCAAUGGGAGGCCAGAAGGUCCUGCUGCUACAUCAGAACAGGAAGCCACAGUGAUGCAAGGACAGGCAUCAAAGGAAAAUAAUCUGGGCUCUAACGAACAGAUGAGCUCAGAGGAACCUGAAACCACUGCAAAAACAGGCAUAGCUGAGUCAGCAUCAAUCCUGGGAGAGGAGACCACAGUGCCCGAUGAGGACACUGGUGCAGAAGUCAGUCAAGAGCUCCAGGAUGAGAGCACAGGGGAACAGCCAGUCGUGGGCACAGAAAGCCACAUCUCAGGCCCAGUGAAAGCCAGCGAGUCAUUUGAAAAGGCGCCUCAGCUGAUAUACGGACUGCCGUGGUCAGGUGACCUUCAGUCCGCCGACCUGACCUUCAAGUACAGCGACUAUGGCAAGGAAGUCCGGGAAGACUGGAGCAUGGAAAACUCCAGGUUUUCAGAUUUACGCAUGAACAUGAUAGACAUUCAGUCCCGUGGGCCCCCUUCUUCCACAAGCGCCUUUGACAAGCAUUACCUCAACCUGCCACAGUUUGUGCAGCUCAUGGAGACGUUUAUUGAAGAAGAAAUUUCUCUGCUAGACCUGAAGAAAUUGGUGGAGUUUAUGAAGAAAGGCUACGUGUUGUUGGAGAAAGAAAAGAUCAGUCAGAUGGAAAAAGUCCGUCAUGAUGCUUUCUUAGUCCGCCAGCAACUCCUUUUGGCUUCCCUCUUUGAGAAAUGGGAUAACGAGUGCUCUGGAUUCCUGGACAUGACAGAGGUGGAUGCUGUCCUUAGUACGUUCAAGGAAGGAAUGGAGCAAGAGGCCCUGGAGAAAGCUAAACUGCAGCUCCCCAUUCCGCAGUGGCAUCCCAGCGGAGUGGUAAAGCUAUUUCAGAAAGACUUCCAAAUGUACAUCGAUCUGGUCGUCUCUGAGUUCACCGGCAGUGAAGAUGAAGUCUUGGAUAACGUGGCGGAGUUUCUCAUGGCAUCCGUGGAGAAGAAUCACAUCGAGCGACUGCGGGGCUCUGCUCGGCGGAAGUGGCUGCGUUCAAUUCAGCACGCGGCCAUGACCAAUGGGGGGCACAUCGACCCUGUGUACCGUGCUGUCUUCAAGGCUCUUUCUCGCGAUGCAGAUGCCCAUGGAGACAGCAAGAAGGUCAGUGCCUACAUUGCCCUCUUGGAAUACAACGUUGUUUUCCCGGAGCGGGGAGAUAUUCUCCUCCACUAUGUCGCCUGCACAGAAGAUGAUGCUCCGUAUGUCCUGAACCAGUCACUUUACAUGGAUAUGAAAGGAGUCAGCUUUGCAGCAGCAUUAGACGACAAGCCCAUCCACGUCCCCAGAGUUCAGCUGCAUGGAAAUAUCCACUUCUGGAACAGCGAUCGGCCUGAGCAGAAGCGGCAGGGCUCCUUCUUGGUGGUCCCCCUUGAGGAUAUCCGAAGAAAGGUCUUUGGUAUUUUUGGGUUGGACACUCUCCGUGACCGCAAUGAGCAAACCAUCUUUGUGCCACAUGAAAUCCGUUUCUAUCAGGGGGUAGCCAAGGCAUUCAGUGUAGCCUACCACCACAUUCGCACCCAGGACAGUAUCAAGCAGAUGAUACUCACUGCCGUGGGAUGGCUGUCCAGCAGAGCACCAAGUCUCCACGCCAUCACUGCAUACUUCAUGGAACCUGGAGAGGACAGGAUGCACGACUACACCUUGCGCAAGGUAAUGGCUACCAAUGACAAGGGACACAUGGAAAUCUUCUCCCAUCCAGCACCAGUGCUCAACAGAGAAGAUAACAUCUUCAGAGAUUACCUGUUCAAGUGCAUAGACUGUGCAGAGGUGGUGGCCGUGUGCAUGUACGAAGAUCACCACAUUGCGGUUCCACUGAGAGAUCCAGCAGGCCAGGCCAUGGUGGUGUUUGACGUCAACCUUGGACAGCGCCAAAAGCUGCCUUCCUGUGAGCAUAAGGACCUGCAGAAGAUGCUGAAGAUGCUGCAGGCUGCUGCUUGUGAGAUACUGAAAGAGGAUUCGGGCGAUCUGGAGCCAUACUAUGUCUUGGAGGCGGAGUAUGUUGGGGACUGGAGGCGCGGGGGAGUCCUCUUCUACCGAUUCAUGCUGCAGGACUUGCAAAACUGCAUCUGGAAUCUCGACCCACAGCAUUCCUUUAAUGAAAUAAAGAGCUAUGAAGAGCCACCCACCCUGGUACAUGGGAUACUGAAGUGCGUGCUGCUGAUUUUGUACCCACAGUGGGCUUGUACAGAGGAGGUUGAAAACUGGAAUUGUUGCAUACAGAAACUUGAUGGAGAACUUAUUGAGAAUAUUUGCUACUUUGAUCCAACUGCUGCCUAUGUCCAAGUUCGUUCAGAAGUUCUGUAUAGGUGCCUCCAAGGUAUACACAGAACAGAAGUAUGGAAGCUCGGCUCAGCUCCAGUAGAGUACCUUUACAACUGGACACUCAUCUGUCUAUCAUUAAUAGAGCUUGCAAAGAAACUUCAGCGUUCCCAGACUAUGGCUCCACAGUCUUCCAGGCUGCUGCUUUCCAGCCAAGUAAAAUUAAGAAAGGUGUCUGAAAGUUUGGGAAAUGUUAGCCAAAACAUCUCUUUUACUUGAAUGUUUAAAGCAAGCAUUAAGUGUUGUUUAUUUGUUCAGUUCUUCUUCUCAUUGUUCAUAUCUGUUAUUUGUUAUCUAUUGUUUAAGUUAAAAUAACACCUCUUGGUUAAAUGAAUAUGAUUCCCUUAAAGGGCCAAAUGACUUUCAUUUAAUUCUGAUCAGAGACUGGAGGGAAGGAAAAGAGAGCAAGGAUUAGAGGGCGAGGAAGAUGAAAUGUGCCUUUACUGGAUGACUGGCAGGUGAUUAUAAAGGACAAUGAGAAGAAGAAAAACACUUUAUAAUUACAUGGUGUACACUUUUUUGAAACAGCUUUUGGGAAGUCAUUCUAUACUUGAUGUGCAGAGAAACUCCAUUUCAGCUCUUCCCCAAGGGGGGGAUGUUCACAAGCUCAUUUCAUUUUAAGGCAACAAAAAGCUUUCUUAUUCACUAGAGCUGCAGGUGACAAAACACCCAGUAUUCUGAUGCAAGAUUCCAUCUUUGCAAUCUUUCUGUAGAAUCUUUUUAAUAAAAUUUGGGGAAAUUA